GUACGAAUACGUACGCAGAGCGCAUCUCUACUUACGAGGAGAACCUGUGUCGUGAUUUACUAUACACUGCUCGUGAAAUUCUAAUUGGUACUGUUUGCUUUUGAAAAAUAUUUAACCAUGAUGCCACGAGUGAUUAUUCUACUAGCCGCUCUGAUGUUAUUUGAGCAUACGUGUGCAGCACCUGCCAACGAAGUGUCAGGUUCAGUAAAGUCGGCUUCGGACACACAAGACGAUAAAGAUGAUUUGAAAACAGCUGCUAGCAGUGGUUACGCAGGAGACCGUUAUGCAGAUUGGGGUCGCUAUCCUAGUGCUCAAGGAGUCACAGGUUACGGUGCUGUAGACAGUAGAUACAAUUAUGGCGGAUUCGGGGGAUACGAUAGCCCUUAUGGUUACAAUGGUUAUGACUCAGAAUACCCAAGAUACGGUGGUGGCUACGGAAGCGGUUACUAUGGAAACUCAGGCUAUGGCGGUUAUGGCGCUGCUGGCUACGGCGGCUACAAAGGAGGAUACGGUGCAGGAUAUGGAGGCUACGGUGGGUAUUCCGGCAACGGUGGAUUGAACUCAUACUACGGCUACAACAACCCAUCCUACCAAGGAGCUAAUCACUUGGGCUACGGGUAUUACCGACGACCCGGUUAUGGCAACAUUUACAACAGCGGAAUCACACCAAGUUUAGUGACCGGAUAUAGAGGUUAUUCGAGAAAAUAAAUAGCAACUUAAGUACGUUACUUAUGUAUAAGACAAUCAACUAUUUAUUCUCAGUAUAAGUUACCAAAGUACAUCCAAAGUUUAUGUUAAGCAAAUCAUCAGUUUCAUUCAAAGUGUACCUAAAACCAACAUCCCUAAUAAAUUGUGUACUUUAAUUUGCA